AUGUUUGAUCCGCUGAGCUCUGUAACGCGAGCUUGCAACUCUUGUGAGGGCUUUAAAGUGGUGGAACGUUGUUUAAAAUUAGUUGGGCCAGCUCAUAAAAUCAGACACGUUCAACGAUACGUGUUUGGUUGCGGUCAAAGCAACGCUGGCCGCCUGGGUCGAGCAGCUGGUUUGCUUGGACUUGGCCGGAGCCAAUUAUCUUUUGCAUUCCAAACUGCUAGGAAAUAUAAAAAGCUCUUCUCUUACUGCAUACCACCUACAUCGAGCUCGACCGGUCACCUCAGUUUCGGGGGCAAUAUAGGAAAGACAAUGAAAUUCACUCCAAUGUCCCCAGAUUUUCAAAGCACGCCUUAUUAUGGCAUCGACAUCACUGGAAUAAGCGUCGGUGGAGACAAACUAGCCGUUUCUGCUUCAGUUUAUCAAACGGCCGGACCUAUCAUUGACUCCGGAACAGUAAUUACUCGAUUGCCGCCAACAGUAUACUCUGCACUGAGCUCCAAGUUUCAAGAAAUGAUGACAGACUAUCCGAUGACCGACGGAUUUUCCAUUUUGGACACGUGUUAUGACUUCAGCGAUUUUGACACGGUAACAGUACCGAAGAUCAGUGUUUUCUUUAAAGGAGGAGUAGAGGUGGAUAUAUAUGUGACGGGGAUUUUAAUCGUGGUGGACGGGAUUGAGAAGGUGUGUCUGGCUUUUGCACCCAAUCAGAAGGACAGUGAGUUCGCCAUUUUUGGAAAUACUCAGCAACAGACGUAUGAGGUUGUACAUGAUCUUGCAAAGGAAAGAGUUGGGUUUGCUCCAGCUGCUUGUAGCUAAUUAGCUUGGUAACAAUAUAUGGUGAUUACAAGUACUUAAAUUUACCAGGAGAGUUUAAAUAUAACGGAGUAAUUGGACAAUAUAGUAGGUAAUUAAGAGUGUGGAGCUGCAUAAGAAAAUAAGUUUGUAAGAUGUGGAGAAAUGAUAAUCCCACAUAUAGUUGAAAGACAAUUGCAGAAAAUAAGUAUGAAUCAAACUUGAAAAUUAUCCCAAA